UCGAAUAGGAAACAUCGAUGUUUCCGAUGCAUCGUUAUUUUUUCUGCGUUCCUACUAAAAUGUCCAUUGAAAGAGGGCCUCGAGAAGAUUUAAAGGGUCUGUUGUGGUUUUUAUUGGAACACACUAAAGGUGAAGAUGCUAAGGAAUCAGCACGCCAGGAAAUGGAUGAAGAGAAAACAAAAUUUCUGGAAUCUGCUUUAAACUCUAUGACUACGGAUGUAAUGAAAGAUUUCCAAAUAGCAAUAUCUAUACUAGAUGAUGACUCGUCGGAAGUUUCUGAUAAAAUUAAUGCUUUGAAUACAAUCAGAGAUAAUAUAGACGACAUAGAUUUUGCAAAUAGUUUUGUUAAGGCAGGAGGAUCUAUGUAUUUGAUAAAAUUUUUAACUCAUCAACAGUGGGAAAUAAAAAGUUUGGCUGCAUAUAUUAUCGCUGAAAUGUCACAAAAUAAUCCAUUCUGUCAAAAAUUAUUUAGUGAUUCUAAAACAAUUCCCAUAUUAAUUGAGCAUUUGAGGGAAUCUCCAGUUGUUGCGCAUAGUAGUCUACAUGCGUUAUCAUCUUUAAUAAACAAUUUUGAGCUAGGCCUUCAGGAGUUUUUGAAGGCAGAUGGAAUAAACGCUCUUUUAUGCUGUUUAUGCAAAAGUGACUCGAAACUAAUGCUAAGGGCUUGUUUUUUAAUUGGAAAAUUAGGACAACGCGAAGAUUUAAGAGAUGGUAUGGUCGAGAAAUCGGCAAUUGUCCGGUUGGUGAGAUGUUUACCUAUGACUUUUGAUAAAUAUGAUAUAAAUGUGGAAACAGCUCUCUAUGCACUUUGUGAACUUUUAAAGAGUGAUAAAUGGAAAAUUGACAAUGGCCAGGCAGAAAAAUUAAAGGUUUUAACUGGUGGCAUUGUCAGGAAUAAAUUAGCUUAUCCAGAAGAUGAAGAAAUCUAUGGGUACGCGAGUGAAAUUCUUCAGAGAAUCAAUGACCAUCUGGCAAAAAUUAAGCAAUAUUAAACUAGCGUAAUAUGAAUUAUGAACAAUUGUUUUUAAUAUAAGAUGUCAUACAAAAAGUUUAUACUGAAUAAAAUAAUAUACUGUGGAUAUUAGUUGCGUUCGACAA